AUGUUGAUAAAUCCCAUUAAAAUUCAAAGAGAGCAAUUUAUCGAUCCAUCUAAUGACCCAGAUUUUAGAUUCAAAUAGAGCAUAAGGCUUGAUUCGCAUCAGCUGAUGAAAAGACCUGCUAAGUAAAUGAGAUUCGCAUCUAAUGUAGCUGAAAGGAUAUAAGAAGCCAUUGGGAAAAAUUAAUAUCUGAACACUGAUCCUGGAGAGUAUGGAAAUUAAACAUAAGAUGGAGGAUUGAAUCUGAGACCAUUUGAUAGAACCAAAGUUAUAGACCCGAAUCAGCCAGGUUUUAAAUACAAGCCUAAUACCUCUAUAGAAAGAGUAUUUGAUACUUUGUAAAAUAGUAGGAACACUAGUGUUCUUCUGAAUUAGAGAUUCAUGAGCAAUUAAUCCUCUAAAAUCUCUUUAAGCAGAAAUAAAAAUAAUAGAACAAUUGAUAUAACAUAAGCUGGAGCUCUAUCUCCAAGAGAUCUCCACUCUGGUCUGCAUCAGAAGACUCAUUUCAAAGCAGUAUAUGAAAUGUUUGUCAAUCCAGUUAAUGGAGGAGGUACUACAAACGAUGAAACACUCAAACGAGCAAUCAGAGUAGCCCCAUUGCUGGAGUAAACAAUGUAGAAGUCAAACUAAGUUCAUAAUAAUGCCUCUGAAAAUUGGAUUAUGGAUUUAAAUCACUAGAAUAGUAUGAUGAAUUAAUCUCAGUCUGACAGCUUGAAUUCAAAUGAAAAAGAGCUUGCCAAGAAACUACUUAGGAAUUGUAAUUAUAUCAGAAGCUAAAAGCGAAAUAUAUCGCUUGAGAAAUAAACAUAAAAGACAUCAAAUAUUAGUCUCCUUAAUUAGAGAUAACAGGAGAUUUUGAAAGAUAUCGCUAAGUACAAAAACUCCAGAGUAUCGAUCAAUUAAACUAUGAUAAUUGACACUUCAAAGUCAAAGCUUGACCCAAUAGAUUACAUGGAGAAUGGAUAUUUAGAUUAAAUAGCACACAUCGGUCAAAGUAAGCAGAAUUUAAAGCGCUUAACGAAAAGGAGAGCAUUCUUGCUAGCAAGAUCACGCCUCAGUGUUUCAGCUAGUCCUGCUGCCAGAGCACUCCAAUUCAUAAAGACUCCAGUAAGAAUGAUUCAUCAAAGAGGCUACAACGAACACUUUGAUAACUACAGUUCAAUCUUCCAUGAGUGCAACUUUGCUUUGAUGGGUGCAAAGGAGACUGAUCAAAUCGCAUAUAUUUUCAGGAAGUUUGAGAAGUCAAUGACCGAUUUCCAAAUAGCUUAUGGUUUUUGGUUCAUUGGCAUGAAUGCUCUUGAAAGAAAUCCUGAGUUCUGGAACGAAAUAGUACCUCUAGUUAAGAAACAACUCGCUACACUUGAUAGAAACUGCACUAAAUCAUUAUUCCAUUUUAUCGAGGGAGCAUCAGCCAUGUCACUUUAAGACAAUGAGUUUUGGGAGUUAGUUGAACAGAAACUAGUUGAUGAGAGACUUCAUAGAUAUUUCGAACUAGAAAAACUAUGUGAUAUACUCGUUUGCCUCGCUAAUGUCGGCAGAGGUUCAGAUGAGCUUAUUGAAAUAAUCGAGAAAACUCUGAUUAAACACAGAAAAGCAAUAACCCCAGAGAUUGCUGCCACAGCAAGACAUGGCUUCUAAUUGAUAAACAAAGGCAGCGAGAUCCUAUAUAAAGUGCUAGAAGAUCCCACUGUCGAACUACCAGCUCUAGAGGCAUGA